UACCACUGCAAAACAGGACACAAAUUUGUUGGAAAGCAAGUUCUCCACUCUGAGGAACAGGUGCAGUCACAAUGUCCAUCGGUUCAGUGAGUGAUCCUGAAGACGUCCAGGAGCUGUCAAUCACUGGCAUGGACGAACGUUCUCUAGAAAACUCAGACGAUGAAUUCAGUGUCGAUGACAAUCUGAAAGGAAAGACAAAACGACCACGAGUUGGUGCCAACGACAACAACAAGCAGCAAAUGAAGAUGGCAAAAGAUGGCCGACAGUCUCAGAGAAACGCAGCUAAUGCCAGAGAGAGGGCGCGGAUGAGAGUUCUGAGUAAAGCUUUCUCACGGCUGAAGACCAGCCUGCCAUGGGUACCUGCAGACACCAAACUGUCAAAGCUGGACACGCUGCGUCUGGCAUCCAGCUAUAUAUCUCACCUCAGACUACUCUUACAAGAGGACAGAUACGAGAACGACUUUGUUCAUCCUGUAAACUUGGUAUGAACCUGGCCUUUUGGGGUCUCAGCACGAUUAGAGGACACCAAAGACAUUCCCACAGCGAUCAGACUAUGUGGAGCUACAGCAUAAACAUCUGGCACCUCUCUGUCUUUUUCUUUUUUAUCUCAC